UCUCGAUUUUAUUUUUCGCAUGCAAUUGUGCCAGUGGCACACAAAGACCGGCAGUGGUGUACUUAAGAAAGGGUAUGGAUUUAUCAAUUUAUACUGCUUGAUUUCCAGUCUUUCAGUAAAUCGUUCCCAUCAUCAUUACUCUCGGAUUAUCUCCGUUCCAGCAAGAUCUUUGUUUACCUUUAGAUGGGGGUCUGGCCCCAGUCACUAACCCGCUUUGAAGACAACAUUUCUUGCGUUUUUGCACAUUAUUUGUAGUAUUUUUAAACGUCCUAUCUUUGUAUGUCUGUCAACCUAUUCCGCGCAGCAGUGGGCUUGUAAGUCUUUGCUGAGGUUCCCCUUUGGCCCCUUACCUCAUCACCCCCGUAUACUUGCUUUGUUUUAAGUGAUACCUCACUUCCUUCGCACCAAACACCGUUAUUUAACGUUUUUCACUGGGAUACGGCUGGAAACAUCAUGGGACAACUGUUUGCCAAACUGAUGGCUAUCUUUGGAAACCGGGAGCACAAAGUCAUUAUUGUUGGUCUGGACAAUGCUGGGAAAACCACCAUCCUCUACCAGUUCUUGAUGAAUGAAGUAGUACACACAUCCCCUACCAUUGGCAGUAACGUCGAAGAAAUUGUGGUGCGCAACACUCAUUUCCUGAUGUGGGAUAUUGGCGGCCAGGAAACACUACGCUCUGCGUGGAAUGCAUACUAUUCUAAUACAGAGUUUGUUAUUUUGGUUGUUGACAGCACUGACCGGGAAAGGUUGACACUGACAAAGGAGGAACUUUACAAGAUGCUUGCACACGAGGAUUUGCGAAAUGCAGCUGUGUUGGUCCUUGCUAAUAAACAGGAUGUCAAGAACUCUAUGUCAGCUGCAGAAAUUUCUAGUCUUCUGACCCUGACUGCUAUCAAAGAUCACCCAUGGCAUAUUCAGGGCUGCUGUGCACUAACAGGAGAGGGAUUACCAGCAGGCUUGGAAUGGAUGCGAUCUCGGGUUACAGCCAACUGAUGCAUAUCUGUAACUGUUACAGGAGUACAAAUGGUUACCAGUAUUUAUUUUUUAUACAAAAAUGCAAGACAGUCCACCCUUCGCCAAUUAAGUAUUUGGAUAAGACAAUGGAACAUUACUGAUGGUGAGACAGUGUGGAAAAAGACUUGACUAGGUUACUUGAAUCAAGUGAUCCUUUUAGAAUUCUCUAUUAGCAAGAUCUCGCACACACCAGAACUUCGAACAAAGCGAUGGGAUGGGCCACAGGAUGGCAUAACAUCUCAGGACAGAUGAGAAGUUUUAAAGAUUUGGACAAGAAUCAUGCUUUUGGAUAAUGAGGAACACUCCGUGGUGUUCAAUGGACACUAUCUCCCUACACUCUUAUUAACACAGCGCAUGGCUGCAGAAAAUGAGCAGGAUAUGCUGUUUUGUUGCACAUUCCUUGGUUUUGGUGAAACCGAUUGCCUUUGGAUUAAUGCUACACUAUUUUUUCUGUUUCAACCUGAACGUGACGAGCGCAGAAGCAUACAGAAGGCAGUUUUAGGCCUGAUCCACAUGUGACGUGAUUAAAUUAGGCAUUAUCUUUGGCAUAAUUGCUUUGUAGCAGAGGAUAAAAAAAAACUACCCGAACACUAAAGAAUUAUUCUGUUGUAGCAUUUCUGGCAAAGCAAUGCUGUUGCUUACUUAUCUUUCUUUCCAGCUAUUAUUUCUACUGUGUUCACCUACUAACCUGGUAUAUUUUUUAGGUACUACCAGUAUGUUUAGGGCAGAAGGCCUGCACCUUCUGUCGGACACUUGCAUUUGGCUAAGCUUGUUGUUGUUGUGUCCUGCUCAUCUGUGGCCACUGUAGCACACGUUGUUACAUGCCAAACCAGACAGAGUAUAAAUGGCACCAGUUACCUUAAGCAAAAACCCAGAGAAUGAGUCCUCCUUUUGUGUCCAUGUGCCACGUGAGUGAAACCAUAAAUUGCACAAUAUUUUGGUACUGUGAGCUUACAUUAUAAACACAUUUCUGAAACACUAUUUGUUGACAACAGAGACCUCAGAUCUGGACCUUAUUAACAGUAUUUUCUAUUGUAAGUUUGUUUUUUACAUUUCAGUUGCAUUUAUUUGUCUGGUUUGUUUUCAGAAUUCUUGUGACUUGAAUGUUUGAUUCUGACAGACUUCCAGUUGUAAUCUGUUUGUUCUUGUUUUGUCUCUCGAUGUUUUUUUUCUUUUCUUUUUUGUUUUGAAUGGAGUAAACUGCAUCCUCAGUACACCUUAAGGAAAUCCAGCUAUGGAUGAGGAGCUUCAACUUGUACACCUUUUAUCUUGCAGUUGAAUUUUAAACCCAUUUCAUUUCUUGCAGUGUUUUAUCAAGUAUGUUUUCAUCUAGCCAUCUGCAAGUUUUAUUUGGCCUGUAUUUUUUACUGAAUAAAUGCAUAACCGGUAUGGUAAGACUCUGGCUGUCACCCUUUCUUGUUACACUGUAGUCCUUUGGCUCUUUCAAUAGGGAUGACAUAUCCAGAUGCUGAAGCCCAAAUAAAAGAAGGUUUAUACUUAAA